CAACACAAACACAAACAUCUCACAACAACAGCCAGCUACAACCUAAUUCAUACUUUAAACCACCUACUACAUUUACAUCACCCUCAGAUCACAUACAGAACCGCAAUCAUGACAGGAAUGAUGGAGAAAGUCAAGGCCAAGGUCGACAAUGUCAUGCACAAGGACAAGACUCAUGACGACCCCACCGGCCCUCACAGCUCACAUGCAGCCAACACUGCUGACCCUACUGUGCACAACACCUCCACAAGCCACACUGGCACCCAUGGUACAACAGGCUACAGUGACCCCACUGGCCCUCACGACUCUCACAUGGCCAACAAGGCCGACCCUAGGGUAGACUCUGACCGCGUUGGUACUGCUGGCAACAUGGGAACUGGCAGCCAUGGAGUCACUGGCACCCACGGAACCACUGGCACCCACGGUACAACAGGCUACAGUGACCCUACCGGUCCUCACGACUCCCGCAUGGCCAACAAGGCUGACCCAAGGGUCGACUCCGACCGCAUCGGUACCGCUGGUAACAUGGGAUCCAACACCCACGGCACUCACGGAGUCACUGGCACUCAUGGAUCAACUGGAUACAGCGACCCUACCGUCACUGGCAGCCAUGGAACCACUGGCACUCACGGAGUCACUGGCACUCAUGGCUCAUCCGGCUACAGCGACCCUACCGGUCCCCACGACUCCCGCAUGGCCAACAAGGCCGAUCCCAGGGUCGACUCCGACCGUGUCGGCACUGCUGGCAACCUAGGAAGUGGCAGCCACACAACCGCCACCCACGGAACAUCCAGCCACAACGACCCUACUGGUCCUCACAGCUCGCAUGUUGCCAACAAGCUUGACCCCAGGGUCGACUCCGACCGUGUUGGCCCUGCUGGCAACAAGGGAAGCGCCGCCCAUGGAACCACCACCGGCACUGGCAACUUGGCUCACCGUGAAAAUGAGACUGGUGAUCUGCCCAAGGCCCUUGUAGAGCCCUACUCCCAGGCCGAGCCUCACUCCUCUCUCCAGAACGGCCACCACACCACUGGUACUCACGGUAGCAAUGGCCUUCACAGCACCACCGGCACCACUGGUACCACUGGCACCCACGGCACCCACGGUACCACUGAUGUCCACGGCAAGCCAUCCAUGAUGGACAAGCUGAACCCCAAGAAGGAUGCCGACUUUGACGGCAAGGCGGGAAUAAUGGAUUAG